ACUAAGCAUCCAAACAUCAAACAACCCUGGCACAUAGGAUGUCUCACAGCAAAUUUAAAGUGUUUUAACUGAUAAAUAUAGUUUUUCUACUGAGUUUAGUGUGGAUGGACUUGCAGUGUUUGUUGCGGAAGUUAGGUUGGCAAGACUUGGCAAGCUACCCCAGCUCUACUGCUGUCCGUAACAUUGUUUGUGGUGCAUCGCUCGUAAGAUGGAGAGUGGAACAUACUUUUCCAGUGAGUCCAGCCAAGUUCCUGGGCGUCGUACCCCACUGGGGGCCAUGGGACUGGGGGGCUACUACUACCCCCCUGGACCUCCUUCAGAUGAGAACACUCCUGAGCCUAGUCCCCAUCACUCUCACAGACUGACUCCAAACCAUCUUGGUGGGCCUGGUAGCAGCUCGUCAGGUCUUGGAGGUAAACCGAAAAACCGUCAAGGAAAGUCAGUCCGCCUCAACAUUAACGCUCGGGAACGACGGAGGAUGCAUGACUUGAACGAUGCUUUAGACGAACUUCGCAGCGUCAUUCCAUACGCUCACUCCCCAUCCGUCCGCAAACUAUCAAAGAUAGCAACGCUUCUACUCGCCAAGAACUAUAUUCUGAUGCAGGCCAAUGCUUUGGAUGAACUUCGCAGACUCAUAGCGUAUCUUCAGGCACAAGGCCCCAUGUCUAUGCCCCCAGGGUUCGAUCUCCAGGCCAAUCUCUACCCAGGCAAGCCUCCGUCCUCCCCUCCACCACAACCACCCUCUGAGCCACCUCUCUCAUGAACUAAUCAAGACUGAAAUUGCUACAGACGCUAAAGCACUUUCAUGUAUGUUCUAGUCAAUUAAGUUCCUCCUUGCAGCAAUAUUUGCCAACAGUUAUAUAUUGAUUUCUACGAAUGAAGAAGACUUGCGCCAAGGACGUAGCACAAACUAGAGUUAUUAUUUAUCGAAUUAUUUUGAAAUGUUUCGAGCACUGUACAGUUUGAACAAAUAGUUUGGUGUGUUCUUAUGAAAACAUUCUGUGAAAUACUAGCCAUUCUAUGAAAUGAUGAUACAUUAUAACCUUCCACAUUUACCUUACAUAGCCUAAAUUACCGAAAACAAGAAGUUAUCAGUAAAUUAUGGUCUGCAUUGAGUUUCGUCUCAACAAAGGAAGUUAGAUCAAAUCCGAAACUAAUGCCAUGUUUCUCAUGUCAUCCAAUACUUCUAGCCAGGCCACUCUUAUUAACUGGGGAAAACAGUUAGUUAAUAUGAGGGAACUCACUUUUUUCAAAAGGAACGUUUCAUGAUGUUGGACUCGGAUUUGAUAUAGCUUGCGUGGCUGUGACGGUAGCUCAGCGGAGAACCUAAUUUAAGGACAAUGCUCAUUAUUCCUUACUGAAUCCCAGCCGAACCAGACUAUUUUUUUCAACUGCUCUGUAAUUUCUAUGGAUUUGUCUCCAAAAUGAUAAGGAUCAAAGUUAAAUUACCCUAAAUUCGGACUUUAAAACACUUGUCACUGUAAUUUAUGUUGUAACUAGUGGUUAAUUUAAUUUAGCAUAUUUUUUUCCUUAAAAAAAUUGAUGGGGCGAAAUAUAAUGAAAAAAACUGACAAAACUGUGCAACCAAAUAGUAGUAAGAAAAACAAAUUUAUGAGUAGAUUUUCACUUCUAGUUACUUCUUGAGCAAAACUUGAUUAGAGAAAAAGCUGAACUGAUCCAGGAAAAAUACAAACCAUAAUCAUGAUGUAAUUUUCUUAUCUUGGGGAAUGGUUGCUGAUGUCAAAGAAAAUUACAAACUAAGGGUCCCAUAAGAGUUGUUUUAGUUUUUUUUACAAAUGCUUUGCUAUUGACUUUUGUUGGGAGGGUAAAGUUUAUUCUUAAUUGGUUUUACUGCUGUAAUUUUUUUCAUAGUUUUAAACUGAAUGUACAUUGGCUUAAAAUAAAAUAAGAAAAGGGCCAGUUUCAAGUUGUGUUCUUGUAUUUUCUAAAACUUUGAUCACUUUUCAUUGGAAGGUAUUCUACAUUUGUACAAAAAUUCAAAAUACCCCAAACAGACUAAGCAAAUUUCCAUUUGUCUCAUUGGAUUUUUACCAAAAUGUUUUUUAAAAAAAUGUCAGAUUUAAUUCCUUCUUUGUGGAUCCCUUUAAAAAAUUCUCCAUCAAAAUUAGAACUAUAGGUCGGCCGCUUAGAAAGCGACCUCCUCCAGCAUUGGUUUAGCAUUAGCACGCAGGUCGUUUUCUAAGCGGCCGAACUAUAGAAAUUUUUCUUUAAUCAAACCAUUUUACCUCAAAUGGUAAGUUAACUGCUUACACCAGGUCUACGAUUGUGUAGAGAAUAUAUUUAGUAGGCUCAAUAUGUUCAGCAGAUUGUGGAUGUUAAUAGUAAGCAAUUUUGUGUGAUAAAUAAAUGUUGUUUGUUUGAUUACAUAGAAUUAUUUAUUUUGAUAGCAUUUAACUACGCAACGUGAUAGCAAUAAGAUUGUCCAUAAGUUAAGCAUUUUAAUUGAUCUGUGCGUAAUUUUUUUAAUGGUUAA